GUCUGCCAGACCCGGUCAGCAAAAACGAUUUCCAAGUUAGCCUACCAUAACGGGGUGGUGAUAGUGAAGUGUCCCGGCUGCGGGAACCACCAUGUCAUAGCGGACAACCUCGGGUGGUUUUCAGAUCUGGAAGGCAGGAGGAAUAUCGAGGAAAUCCUGGCAGCCAAAGGGGAGAAAGUGAGACGUGUGGCUGGCGAGGAAGCUUUGGAACUGCUUCUGGAAAGCUCGGCAGAUACCGGGUCUCAAGGUCAGCUCGUGGAGGGAGAAAGUGGGGACGCCCCCCCAGAGACUGGCAGCAAGGGACAGACCUGA